GUCCGACGGAACAUCCGAGGGUCACGUUAAGGAACCCGUGGCACAUCCGGACGAAUCCUACGGACUGGGGAGAGGGUGUUGGCAGGGCCUCACGUGCAAUGCCAUCCGCGCCCUCGCCCUGGUGGACGACCAGAUUCCGAACGCCCUGGACGCGUGCCAGUGCGGGGUGGUGUCGGUGCUCUUCGACCUCGACGGCAGCUACCCGUGGUCAGUCUGCGACCCCGAGGAGCUCCCCAGGGAGGUCCGCCGGCUGGAGAGCUGGGCCGACACGUGCGAGUUCCUGCUGGCGGAGCUCCGGCUCGGGCAGACCCUGCGGGCCCCGGCCAGGCCGAACCGCACGGGCACUCGCGACACUGCGGCCUUGGCGGUGGGCGCGCGGCCGCCCGCCUGGGCCGCCGCGGCCUGGGCCGCCGGCGGGCCGGGCUCGGGCGCUCCGCCGGCGGAGCAGGCGCCCUGGGCCCUCGGCGGCGCGGGCGCGGGCGGGCUGCAGCGCUCGCCCCCGGAGGAGGGCGCCGGCAGGCAGAGGGGCGAUCUGGUGCGCUGGGACACGCCGCCCUCGACCGCGCCAAUGUUCGGGAUCAGCCCCGCGUGGCAGGGCAAGGGCGACGCCGCCUACUCCGGCGCGCACGCAGAGGGCAGGGGUCGCGGAGGCGACCCUGCGAUGCAGGCCAGGCGUACUCCUGACAGUACGGAGGGGCACCCAACUGGGCUCUCAGCAUGA